CCCAUUAAUGCGGCAUUAUAUUCGUUACUACAGAACUAUCUGGACCAUUCAUGUAUUCUCGAAAAUAAUGUUAUUAUGUGGAAAAACAAAGGUCGUUUUAUUGUGGCUGUUGAUUCCUGCUCUUGUGCUCAGCCAGGAGGAAAACAGGGAGAGGAAACAGCAUCCAGAAUUGACCAAAUUGGUGAGAAAUUGGGCUCAGAAAUUGGGAGGUGAGUUAUGGCAUUUCGGAGAAUUGGUAACAAGAAGAACUAUGGUUAUCGACAGCUUCAAGGAUACAACAAUCGUAAGGGAGGAUGGGGAAGCUUUGUUGAAAGACAUACACGAAAAGAUUAGUCACAUGAUGAAACAAAAAGUGGAAGCUGUUAAGAGGAUUAUGGAUAUAGCAGAGCAAGCAGCCAAAGCCCAAAAAGAAGACGAUAUAGAUGAAGAUUUUCAAUUCUACAACUCUAAAAAUUUAACAAACUCCGCGCCAAAUUAUACUGUAGAUGAUGAAGAAGAUUUACAAAAUGAGACCCCAAGAUUUCAAGAAUUGAGAUAUAACGAUCCGUUGAUUUUCGAAGACAAAUAUAGAUCGAUGGACCAAUCAGAUUUUCAGCAAGAUGAGGAGCCAAGUGAAGAGGCAGGCACUUUUAAGGAAGAUCCUGAAGCCACAGAAGAAAUAGAGAUAACAGAUGGUUCAGAGAAGGAUCCACAAGCUAGUCAAACUCCUAUAAGGGAUAAAACUCGCUUACCUUUAUACCCCAACCGAAGAUUUUACAACAUACCUGUAAAUACGAACUUCAGUGCAGUUCAUGUACCGAGUAAUGUCUACGAAAGAUCAAAAGACGUGCUAACAGGCAUCAUUUGGUCUGAAGAGUUGGAUAAGACCUUUCGAAACAACUACAAACUGGAUCCAACCCUAUCGUGGCAAUAUUUUGGUAGUUCUACAGGAUUCAUGAGGCAGUUUCCAGCGAUGCAAUGGCACGAAGAGCCUCUGGACCUUUAUGACUGUCGAACGCGCUCGUGGUUUAUUGAAGGGGCAUCCUCGCCUAAAGACGUUAUAAUUCUGGUGGACAGAUCCGGCUCUAUGACAGGUAUGCGAAGGGAGAUAGCCAAGCACGUGGUUCACAACAUCCUGGACACCCUUGGUAACAACGACUACGUUAACAUCUACACCUUCAGCAACACAACCGACCCGCUGAUCGACUGUUUCGAUGGCAUUUUGGUACAGGCGAACAUGGCAAACGUGCGACUGCUGGCGGAGAGUAUGACCAAUUUCAAGACCGAACAGAUAGCUAAUUUCUCCCUAGCCUUGAUCACAGCUUUCGAGAUUCUGAAGGACUAUAGGGAGAGCAAACAAGGAGCUGGAUGCAACCAAGCGAUAAUGUUGGUCACUGAUGGUGUCCAAAAUAACUACACUGACAUAUUUGAACAAUAUAACUGGCGAAAACCUUUCGUCAACGUCCGAAUUUUCACCUACUUGAUUGGAAGGGAAGUAUCCAAUGUUAAGGAAGUCAAGUGGAUGGCUUGUGCAAACCAAGGCUAUUUCACCCAUCUGAGCACAUACGCGGAGGUGAGAGAAGAAGUGCUUCAGUACCUUCCAGUGAUGGCUCGUCCGAUGGUCCUGAAUCCAAACCACAAGCCUAAUCCAACAUGGACACCUAUCUAUGCAGAUGUCACCGAUCCUAAGCUCACAAAUUGGCUCUGGAUAAACCGGGAAAGAAACAAGCAGCGGGAGAGGUUUUUAGGUUACCGACCCAACAAAACCCAGAUUUCGCCUGACGUUUUGGACAAGAAGUUCGUCCAUCAACAGAAGGCUAAACAAGAUAACUAUGGAGACUUGCAAGUUUAUCAUUUAAUGACUUCGGUUUCAUUGCCAGUGUAUGAUAAGAAACAACGCAAGGAAAGAGUGGCAAAUCUUUUAGGAGUAGCUGGUACUGAUGUACCAAUAGAAUAUAUACAGAGGCUGAUGUUGCCGUAUAGAUUGGGUGUGAACGGCUAUGCUUUUAUAGUCACCAAUAAUGGCUAUAUUCUGAGUCAUCCUGAUCUGAGACCAGUGCACCAAGGUAUUCUGAAACCGGCUUAUAAUAGAGUCGAUCUAACAGAAGUUGAACUUUUGGAUGAUGGCGAUGCUGAUCCUAGAACAUGGUCUGAUGAGCUCAAAGAGUUCAGAAAAAAAGUAGUCAUGCAAAAGAAGGGAAACAAGACCUUCAAUGUGAAAACCCACUUAGACGACAUGAGGAGAAUAAUCGUUAACAGCAGGCACUACUUUUACAUGGGCCUGAACGACACUCCCUUCGGUCUAGUGGUAGCCUUACCCGGCAAAUACGGCUUCAACAGGGUGCAGCACCCUGUAGAGAACGAUAUACACCGUAUGAGGUCCAAUGACAAAAUCAAAAGACCGUUCACCCAAUUUUUUACGGGCAAUUGGACAAUACAUCCAGACUGGCACUAUUGUCGUUAUUUGGACGACUACCAUCAUUUUGAUACUCCGGAGCAGGAGUUUUUGCAUUUUCUGGAGAAGAUGGAGAGCCCUGGCUGGAAAUGGACGUCAGAAUGUGACCGAAAGUUGAUAUGUAAGGUGGUUGCAGACGCAAAAAUAACCACAUGGUUCAGUCAAAACAUCACCACCACAAGCAAAGAAGAGAAUGGACCGGAAUUCAUAAAACGUUUUGGGAUCACUGUAGCCUUCUUGGCCACUCACAGUGGCUUGACAAGAUGGCAGGAUUUUCCUCAAAACAUCGACUUGGCCACUAGCGAACCAUCGAAUUUUCACAUGGUCCACAACAGAGCCAUUGACGAAGUAUGGUACAGGAGAGCUGUCGAAAGACAUUAUGUGGAUCCAAGAGGUUUUAUAUACUCUGUACCUUUUGAUAUAGGACACGAAGCUAAUGUACUGGUAACAGUGAGCCAUGCUAUAUUUAGGGAUGAUUCAAACAAAAGGGCUCCUGCAGCUGUGGUUGGUUAUCAGUUUUAUCAUUCGUCCUUGUAUUCUUUAUUCAAGAACAUCACCACAGCAUGUGGAGAUAUGCCAUGCACCAGGACAUGCGAUUCCAAAGAGCUGCAUUGCUUGAUGGUGGACGACAAUGGGUAUGUAAUAGUCAGCAAUAACGUUCAAGAUACUGGGUUCUUCUUCGGGAAAAUUAGACCGGAUAUAAUGAGAGAGCUGCUCAGGGAAAACAUAUAUAAAGUGACCAGAAUAUUUGAUUACCAAGGACUUUGUCCUGAGGCGGAAGAGAUGGGAAAUCCUGCCAGCAAGAUUCUGACUCCUUUCGUGCAUCUCUCCAAAGUAUUCCACUGGUUCCUGACCACCUUGGCUUUCUUGAUCAACUUGGCUGUGGGCGAAGACUACAAUUCGCUGCUGUACCAGACCCCUGACCCAUCAGAGGAUCAUCUAGAACACGAACAGCUCUUCGUGGAUUCCGAUCCUCAAGAGGACAUCGAGAAUCACGAUCAACCUUAUUUCAAGUUGAACGAGAAGGAGUUCAUAGCCAGGUAUAGGAUACAGAAGACAAAGCCGGAGCCAUGUGACAAUGAGAUGUGGAUCUAUAGUCUUGUUCACUAUACCGAGAGGAAUAUGUCUAAUAGUGGGUACAACAAAACUAUGACAGAUUGUUCUAGGCCUUUCAUCGUGCAAAGAGUGUCAGGCAGCAACAUGAUUCUACUGGUUAUCAACAAUUUAUGUAGAGCUAAUCAUGAUGAAACCAUUCCUUGGCCUGAACCCACUCAAUACAACUACAAUAUGAGUACAACAUGCUAUAAGGUUUUGUACAACAACCUUCCGAGACGUCAUUAUAUGAGCUGUAUCAACAGAAACAUUAACGAGAGCGAAAUAAGGCUCUGCGGCAAAGGGACCAACCUUCAAGUAUCCAGAGAAUUAGUGUUACUUCUACUAGCAACACUGCGGCUAACUUUGCUGCUUCUCCAGUAGGAUAGUUAACCAUCUUAGAAAAUUUCCAAUAUCUGUGAUAUUCCUAUAUCUUAACUGAUAUAAUAUUAUUUGUUUUUGUGUUGAAAAAUAUUUACAUUUACACAUAA